UUGCAGAAACAGAGAGUGUAGUGGUGUAGAUGUCAUCGAGGCGUGGAGAAUAUGGUUACCGCGAUGGAUCGGUACAGUUUCCACGACGUUCCUCCCGAGAGAGACAAGCGAUUUAUAUGAACCUAGAUGAGAAUUUUCUUAUCGGUAAUUCGACGGGGGAUUCACUGUUACGCUCUCUGGUAGACCGAGCCAAUAGAUCUCGAGAUCCAAUAAAUAGUUCAUAUAUGUUACCUCAUACGUUCCGCUAUUCGACAAGAUCGAAAGAUAGGAUCUACGUUGAUACGUACGGAGUUCGGACGAAUGGACAGAGUGAUGUUGAUGGUGAUUUCGAAGAGUGUGUGGUGCGUUCAAAAAUCCGAAAAAAAUCGAGGUCGAAACCACCAUCUCCAGUUGAUGAGGAUAUCAAUUCUCCUGCUUCUGAUUCAACAGCAGAAGAUGCACGUCCUGGAUUGUCAAAUUCAGUAGUUGGAUCUGACGCUAAGCAGGAAGUUGUAGAACCAAACAUGUAUGAAAGCGUGAAACAGCGACACCAGGCAAAGAAACAAGCUACACUUAUUGCCCAAAAAAAGGCCAAAAAUGUUGUGGCGUGCAAUUCAAUGCGUAGACGGCAGCCUAAAAAAGAAGAUUCAGAAGAUGGUGAGGAAGAUCGAAGAAAUGGUGCUCCAGAAGACGAUGAUGAAUCAGAUGAAAAUGAGCCGCGACAUUAUGCGUUAAGGACGCAUAUCAAUCCAGUAGCACGAUUUUGCAUUGAACCGCGUGCUCAACCGACUCGUACAUAUGCUCUUCGACGUGAACUGUCAAAUAAUGAUUUGGGAGAGUCACGAUCACGGCGGCAUAUCCAUCGAAAACGCCUCUUCGGUAGAAGCGAUUCAGAUUCAUCGUCUCUUUCAUCUGAAGGUGCCAUGCAAGCUAAUGGGGAUGGUCGAUUCGAAUGUCAUCGUUUGCUAAGAAUGAAUAAGGCUAGAGCUCAGUUACGUCCAGUCAAUAACGAUGAUCUGUCAUAUACAAUUGGCGUGCGUGAAUUAAUUCGUCGCAAAGCUGGAGCAGCUAAUAUUUCCGGGUCAGAUAUUGAUCCUAUGCACAUUGAUCGCAGCAUUGAUUUUAGCAAAAUUGGUGGUUUAGACUGUCACAUACAGUCUUUGAAGGAAGUAGUUCUCUUCCCGUUAUUGUAUGGUGAAAUUUUCUCUCAAUUCAGUAUUCAGCCGCCAAAAGGAGUUCUUUUUUAUGGACCACCGGGUACGGGAAAGACACUUGUAGCACGUGCGCUGGCCAAUUCAUGCAGCGAUGGUGAUAAAAAAGUAGCAUUUUUCAUGCGUAAAGGAGCCGACAUUUUGAGUAAAUGGGUAGGCGAGUCUGAACGACAAUUAAGAGCCCUUUUCGAACAGGCGUUCAUAAUGCGUCCUUCCAUAAUAUUCUUUGAUGAAAUCGAUGGUUUGGCACCAGUUCGAAGCUCAAGACAGGAUCAAAUUCAUAGCUCUAUCGUCUCAACUUUGCUGGCAUUAAUGGAUGGAUUGGACAGUCGGUGCGAGGUUGUUGUAAUCGGAGCAACGAAUAGACUAGAUGCCAUCGAUCCUGCGUUGAGACGUCCUGGUCGAUUUGAUCGAGAAUUAAGCUUUCGCUUGCCUCAUAAGAAUGCGAGAUUGGAAAUUUUAAAAAUUCACACAUCAUCUUGGGGCAUUAAUCGACCAUCAGACAACAUUUUCAAAUGGCUUUCUGAGCGCACAUCGGGAUAUUGCGGUGCCGAUUUGAAGUCGCUUUGUACGGAAGCAGUUCUUACUGCACUUCGGUCUCAAUUUCCCCAAAUCUAUUCAUCCAAAGAAAAGGUCUAUAUCGAUCCCAAAGCACUGAAAGUGGAAAAGAAAGAUUUCGAUAUUGCAAUGCGACGCAUUGUACCAGCUGGUCGAAGAGAUUUUACUAUACCUUCGCGGAUUUUGGACGACAGACUCAAGAUAUUGUUAGAACAUGUGAUUGCUUUAAUAUGUCGCCGCAUUCCUAAAGGUUAUCACGAUGUGGUUGACAGCGGUCGAGAGUUAGGUGAUAUCGAACGAAUUCUGAAAGGAGUUUAUUCAACUCCUGCUAUACCGUCUGCUCGCUUACUGCUCUGCGGUUCCUCCAGCAAUAUAGGUCAAACGUCUUAUAUCUUACCUGUUAUCAUAAACCACCUGGAUCAUCUUCCGGUAUUUUCACUUUCAAUGGCCAACCUCUUCUCUUACGGGUCAUCAGAGGAGCGUUUUUCUCAUUGUGUACAAUCAGCUAUUCGUGCCUCAUCAAGCGGGACGCCCUGUUUACUGUUGAUUCCUUCCAUUGACAGGUGGUAUUCAUCAGUACCUCCGUCAGUUUGGAAUCUGCUCUUAUCUGCUGUCAGCUCAUUUACGGGUUUCACUUCCAUCCUUCUUCUUUCGACAGCAGAAUGCAGCUAUUCGGAACUACCUGCUGAGGUUCAACUUGUCUUUCGUCCUCAAGAUUCAAUGGAAAUAACUCCACCUCCAGCUGACCAACUUGAAGCUUAUUUCCAACACGUCAUUAUCGGGCCAGCGUGUACUCCACCUAUAACAUUUAACGUUGAUGACUAUCCUGCACUUCCAAAAGCUGGUGUAGUACAGCCGUCAAACCGACUCAGCAGUGAUGAGAUUAAGGAACUGAAGAAGCUUUAUGAUCAGUAUCAUUUGGAAGUUAUCCUUCAUUAUGAAGAAACCAUUGCUCGUUUAAUCCGUGACCGUCGAUUCAGUGCAUUUGUACAACCAGUAGAUCCUGUGGAUGUUCCCGAUUAUUAUACGCACAUUAAAAAUCCUAUGGAUCUUGGUACUAUGUUUUCAAAAGCACCGAACUAUAAAACACCUGACGAAUUUCUCAACGAUUUCCGACUGAUUCAUCGAAAUGCAGUGGAAUAUAAUCCAGUUACUGAUUAUGAAGGACGUCAGAUUCGCAUUAUGGCAAAAGUGCUGUUGGAUAUGGGUCAGCGGGCAGUUCUGGAACUGGAUUCGAAGUUCUUGAAACGCCUGGAGGAUGUGAAAAGGAUGUUGAAAGAAAAUGGCAUCAAAGUGGAUGAUGAGAGUGAUGAGGGUGAUCAUGGAAAGCAACCAAAUGGGCAUGUAGUGAAUAACUGUGAAGUUCCUGUAAAGAAUGAUAAAGAAGAAAUGGAUAUGCCAGAAGAGUUGAAAAAAACAGCCAUCAAGCGACGUGGGUUGCACACGUCUAAAUUGUCUCGGAAGCGGCGUUGCAUCAGGAAAUCACUUAAAAAGUGCCGUGCAAGCCAUCCCAAUUUGAGUAGCCAGAUGGAAGGUAUUGAUGUUGAAGAUGGUGUGCUAAGUGAUGGUGACCAGCUUGUAACGGAUGAUGACAAGGAUUUCGAGAAUGGACGGAGCGUGGAUACUAGCAAUUCAAGUUCAAACCGUGAAACGGGUAACACUAAAGAUGGUAGAAGAAGUCUUAAAAUCGAUCUUAAUAAACUUGAUGAAGUUGUCCAUAUGGUAAGUUUUCAAUAAAUGGAAGUAAGUGCAUAUUUUCCAAAAAAAAGUAUUUUCAAAAAUACGGAUCAUUUUUCAUAAUAGAGGUAUAGUUCAUGCAAAUUUUCAUAAAGGUUUCUGUUUUGUAUUACAUUUUUGUACUACGAUUUCGGUUCAUUUCUUGGCACAGAGUGGUAGGUAAUCGAUUCAGGCAGUGAAUAAAAGUCGUGGUUGGCCAUUGGUGGAUUUGGAACUUUUUGCUGCGAGGAUUUCGGAGAUUAUUGAGACAUUCCGUGAUAAAUGGGAUCGUACGCAGUUGCCGUAUGAAGUCGAUGGGAUGAUCCGUCGCUGGAGCUCUUCGAACUAGCCUGUUUUUAAAUUUAUUUUUCUCUUAUUUGUACGAAAAGGUGUUGUAUUUUGGAUGGUUGUAAUUAGGUAGUUUAUUUAGCUCAAAUUUUUGUCAUAGUAUCAAACCGUAAAUCUUUCCUUUUCGGUUCAACACGUGCGUAUAUGUCUUUGUGUGGAUAUUAUGUAUAUGCACAUAUUUCCCUUUGCUCG